AUGGAGAACUUGUUAAAAGAAGAAAAGAAGAGAGGACAGGAGAUGGAGACUUCCUUGAGAAUCUUAAAGGUCGAGCUUGACAACAGGGCCCUCCAAAUACAAAACUUCUUAAACGAGGAAAGAAAAUUGGUAUGUGAAAAAGAAGAACUAGAAGACAAACUAGGAGUCGCUCUCAAUCACGGCAAGGAACUGGAGAGCUUACGAAAGGAAGCAGAACUGAGGGCGAGAAAAAUUACAAAAGAUUUCGAGGAUGAUGUCCAGAAAAGGGAUACACAAAUCCACGAAAUGAGUCUGUAUUAUCAGGAGACUCUGAAGCAGAAGGAUGGCGAAUUGGAGAAGCUGAGGGAAGAUGAUGAAGACCUGAGAAAAGAAUGUGAAAAGUUGAAAGAAAACUGGAGGAUACAAGAGGAAAAUAUGAUCAAGGAACAGCAAGUUUUACAGGGAGCGCCAAAGAAACAGGAAGAAGGCUUUUGA